AUUGUUUCUAGAUGGGAAACUGACAACUUUGAAGGAAUGUUGGGGUAGUGUUGAAAAUGAUAAAAAAAAAUGAACUUAUAUUCAAGGUUACACUAUAGUCCAUUUGGCUACUAACUAUAAACAAGUUAAUUUUUAUUUCAUUUCUCAGAGUGAAAACUAAAUCGUAAUGGGUACGUCUCAGAGUAAAGAUGUUACACCAAAAUCUAUUUCUAGGACAAGUUCUGGUACAAAUAUUCAAGAUAAAUCGCAAUUUAUUUAUAUUGAAAAAUUGGCAAAAUUUUUAGGUCAAAAAAGUGCAGAAGAAACUUGUAAUGGCCGGUCAAUCAGCAAAGAAGUGUUUACUAAAUACCUGUUUUCAUCAUAUCCAGAUUUGUCCGAACAUUUAUACAAGUAUUUCAUCUCUGAGGAAUCACAUAAACAUGGCGUGUCUACUGUUUCAUCAAAACAGGACAGUUUACCAUUGUCAGUAUUCAAACAGCAGUGUGAGAAGCUAAUGACUGUGAUCAAUGAUGCAGAAAUAACUGAUAUAUACAUAAAGGUCUACUCUUCCAAUGAUGAGUUGACACACGAUCAGUUCAAAUCUCUGCUGCAACAGGUGUAUCGGCUCUCCAUGGAUUUUUACCCUGACGGACCAACCCGCACUUGUGUACAUUUGCUCAAAAUAUUGAAAGCCGUUGUGGAUUCUGCUUUCCAUCGAAAAGAAACUGUGUCGGUUUCUUUCUUGGCUCAUUGGGUGCAAGCCAACUGCUCUCGUCUGCUGUUGGGUUUGCAUCGAUACGUAGUGCAUACUCUGACCACAGCGUAUCACCUCAUUGGGAAAGCAGAGCAGGAAAAUUCAUCAUCGGGUCUUGAACUUACCACUCCCGUUUUGGAUAGAGAGUUGAAAUUUGAACAUGAUGAAAAUGUUAUGUUGCCAUUGUCAGAAGUAUGGUUGCUAUCCACAUCAUUACCAGAAGUAUUCACUCGUCCGUCAGAGCAUCACACUCCAACUACCUCAGCCAUCAGCAUGUCGGCCAGUUACUUCAUCUCCAAGCUGAUUGGCUCUGUCUGCCCAUCUCAUUGGACAAUGCUGUACAACAGUAAUGACCAAGGCCUAGCAGCCAACAGAUUUUUAUUCCACGUACUGAGUUAUCGCGGACCCACGCUGACUUUAAUUCGUGGUCAGGAUGGUGUCCAGUUCUGCAUUGGCUCAGCAACAGAGUGGCGUGAGAGUCAUCUUUACUGGGGAGAUGAAAACUGUAUCAUUAUACAGAUUCUUCCUUUGUAUCACAUCAUUGAUCGAGGCCCAAAACUGCUUUAUUUCAAUUCAUCUAUUCGUGGCUACCCAAAAGGCAUUCAUGCUGGAAGUGAUAAGAAAGCUCCAUGCCUACAAGUGGAUGAAGGAUUCAGCAGACUGACGUUUUGUGGUAUCCCCUACAUUGUUGGCAGCAUUGAAGUAUGGGGUUGCGGCUCUGUUAAAGACAGAAACAAUCAGCACGACGUGAAGAAGUGGCAGGUGGAGCAAGCUGAGCAGGCGCGCCAAGUGAAGCUGAACCCCAGGGAUUGGGUCAACAAUCCCGACAGAUACCUGCUGGAGUUGGCUGGGCGGCAGUCGUACGCCACCACUUCAACCUGAUAGCACUGUUCGAUGGUGCCUCGGAGCUUCAUUUUACUUGCUGGCAACACCACACCACAUUUACCUAUAUGGUUUCCUUGUCUACUUACACAGUACAUUUUUUUUUUGAAUUGGUGAGACAAGUUAACCCUCUUAACCAAAUAAUAUAUUUAUUUAUAAGUGACAAAAUAUUUUAUCACAAAUAUAGACGGUAACAUGAAAAAUAGGUUAUUUAAAGAACACAAUGGAAUAUUACACACAGCUCUUAAAAAAUGUAACAUACUGAAGAAUCUUAAGUGACUUAUAUGAAAGGUUUAUUAAAGUUCAUAUUUUAUUUCUGUUGGUUAAUCUUCUCAUUGUCUCCUGUUUACUUUGCAAUGGUAAUGUGACUGUAGCAAAAGAUUAAAACUUAUUUAAAUCAUAAAAUCAGAACAUUGUAUCUUUAGGCUUGUUGUCUAAUUUAGCUUUGAUGUCUUUUUUAUAGCAUCAGUUCCAGAAUAUUGCAGAUAUAUUUCAAUAUUGAAACUUAGUGUGUGUUUACACACUCAAACAAACAAUCUAAUAAUGCCAUUAUUAUUUCUAUUAAGAAACUGUAUUGUUAUUGACAUACUGUGAUAUAUGAAUGGACUAAUUCAAAAGUAUGUUUUAGGAAGCGAAAGACAUAAUAAAAAUCUAGUUCAAGGUGAAAUACAUUGUACUCUAAUGCUUAAGUGCUUUGUGGUUUUCUGGCUCAUUAAAGUAAUUUUUAUUAAUCACUAUUUCUAUAAAAGCAUAUGUACUUUUGAUAUGGUACAUAGGCAUUGUUGCAUACAUAAUACAUUUUUAAAUUAAUCAAUCUGCAUAAUAAUGUAUAGUGUUUGUACUUGUUAUUAGCAGUGGUGUAUCGUCAUAUGAUGCCAGUAUGCCUGGCGUUCUAUUGCAAAAUAAUAAGUAAAAAAAAUUAUAUUUUAUAUAGGACUCUUGUUAGAGUUGGGACUUCAGCCAGCAACCAAGUGUUUCUUUGCUAAUUACUCUCUGCGUACAACGCAAGCAGUCCUUGGCUUCUGUUACGCAGUUACGAUCCACUGCAUGCCAGCGACAGAGGCAUGGCUAGACAUUCCCACACGUCUCUCUCUUGCCAAACAAGUUUGUUGUUUUUUAUCUGCGACUCUAAAUAAUAAGCAGGUUCUGUGGCAGUGUUUCAAUUUCCCUAUUUCAAUGGUAAAUUGGUCAUGCUAUUAGUACGGACAAGAUUAUAUGGUGAAUUGCGAUAAAACCUAAAUAACACCGCAAAGCAUAUAAACACAACAUAACAUGGAAAUGCAAGUUGUACACUAUUUAGCACUGAAACGUAACUGAAAACAUGAAAUCAGCCAGCAAUUUGACAAAACUUAACUCAAAUUACAAAAAUUUUAAUUUUUUGUCAUGGUAAAUUGAUUGAAUGAGAUUUAUUUAUAAUGAAUUUGGUUCCAGAAUGUAUGACCUAUAUGGAUUGGAAAAAAAAAUUAAUAUUAAUUUUUUUAAUCUUGUAUCUCUUACACUAGUUACAUGUUUUUCAUGGAUGAUGGCACAUGUUUUAAACGCACAAAAAUUUGCAGAUUUAUUUUUAUUUCUUCUGAGUAGUUCUGUUGUGGACAUGCUUUUCACUAAGUAUAAAUGCUCCAAGUGUCAAUCAAAAUGAGACUAUUUAAUGAUAUAAGUAUUAAGAAAUAUUUAUUGAAUUACACACUUAUAUUUAAUGAAUAAAGGCAAUACAUAACAUUAAUAACACAGAAAUCUUUUUUAAAAAAAAAAAGACUAAAUCUUCAUAAAAAUAAAACCAUAAAAUUGUUUCCCUGAAUAACAUUUUGGUGGACAACAAUUACAACCUUUAUCAAAAACCAAGAAAUUUAAAUGGUGAAGCUGAGCUGCGAUCAGGGUGGCCACUCGACAGGGAAACUUAGGAACUCUUGAAAUUGCCGUGAAUUUUUUUGGUGCAUAGAAAUACAUGAGAAAGCUGUGAAUUUUUGAAAGCCAUCGGAAUUAUCUGUUUGUACAGCUGAUGUAAAAAACUGGUCGCGCCUGCAGACUACAUCACUUGUGCCAUUGUGAGCACUGUGCACUGUGCACUGUGCACUGUGCACUGUGCACUGUGCACUGUGCACUGUGCACUGGAACCAGGGACCAGGGACCAGCCGGCGGGAGGAUGUCCCCGCUCAGUUUCCUUCCUUCUCUCGUGUUUCUGACAAUUGUCGGACGGUAAUAACAAACGGAUGUCAUGGCCGAAAACUAUUACCGUGAUUUGUCACGUUAUAACUGGAUCCUCUACUGCAGAAUAAAACAAAGAAAUUAUGUUGAACGUAGAAAGAAACUAGACUAGCGGAUACUGCCAGAAUUCUUUUUUCGUUUAGUGCCUUUAAGAUUAAGUUUAUUUAAGGGCUACGCUAAGAAAACAUUUGUGUGUUUAUUAAUAUUUUACUAUUACAAUUAGUGUUUUAAUAUAUAUUUGGUCUACAGCCAUUAUUAAAGUGAUUUUCUUUUAGUGAAUAUUAGUAAAAAAAAAUAGGAUGGGCAGUUAGGGAGCUACUUUUACAACUCUAAAUUCAUAAUGUGCAGUUUAUUGUGAUUGAAAGAUUUUCUAUGAAGUAUUUAAAGCUAGUAACUAGUUUUGUAGUGCUCAGCUAACAGAAGUAUUGGUGAACAUUUUAAUUGUUUAUGUUAAUAAUUUAUUAUAAUGUUCUUAUUCCUGGCAGCUUUUAAAGAUAACAUUGAAGUAAUUAUAGUUGUGCCCUUGUGCUUUGCUGUAUAAUUUAUACCGGUGCUGGAAUUUUCGUAAAAUUUUGUUGUUGAUUGCUAUUUUAAUAGUUUAAACAGUGUACAAGAGCUACUUAAUUUUUUUUUUUAGGGAGAAACCAUUUUUUGUCACAGAAGUAACACAUAUAGUCUUACAGGAAUACUUUUUAAUUAUAUGUUAUUAAAUGAUUGAUCUUUAAUUUUAAAUUGUUAAUUCGGUUUCAGCUCUAAUGGAAUCAGCAUGGUUAGCUACUAGUAUUUUUAAUAAAAUUGUAACAUUUUACUAAGUUUCUUAGAAAAACUCUAAAAUUCUUGGAAUAAACAUGGAAUUUGGUUUUGUGAUAGAGCGUGGCCACCCUGGUGAUCCUAUGUGCAAGUUAGGCACAUUUAUUAUUGUAUUGGAAACUGUAACCACUGAAUUGUUUAUAAUCUAACUGAUAAUAUAAGGUGCAAUUUGGUUAAGUCUAUAUUAAUUAAAAGCAAGAUUUGAAUGUUUGUUAUUGAUUUAAUUCAUCAAUAGGUAUUUCAUCAAUGCAUAGCUUGUAAUGAGAGUGAAGUGAGAGGACAUUGAACUGAAAUAAAGAAAUCACCAAAUGAGAAAUUAUGAGGUCAUUAUUGAAAUUUGCUUUAGAUAAAAGAAAAAUCAUUCAUAACAAUAACCAGAAGUGAUACUAUUACAGUUCUAGUACAAAACUCCUCUGUGUAACGAAUAUCUGAGGCUCAUGUGAUUGAUUGUUUUAGCCUGUCAGCAUAAAACUUAUGUGAUGAUCAGCAACAGGGGAAUAAAAAUCUUAUGCAUAAAAGAAGCUUUCAGUGUAUCUAAAGUAAAACUGAAAGUCUCAUCACUCCUGAAAAAAAGGGAAAAUGUUGCUAACUGAAAACAAGGGAGUAAUUUGUCUUGAAAUGUGCUUGGUUUGCAAUAUUUUUAUGUUAUGUAUUUCAAACUUAUUUCAUGGAUAUGCUCAAUUGGGCAUACCGUACCGGUACCCAUUUAAAAAUAUCACGCUAUGCCACUGGUUUUACUAUUAUUAGAAAUAUAAUUAUUUUAUCUCUUAUUCAUCAUUUUUAUGGUCAUAAAAGACUUCAUGAUAACUUCACAAUAAGUAGGUGUGUGUGUGAGAGUGUGUGAGCAUGUGUGUGGAUGCAUGUGUGUGUGUGUGUGUGUGUGUGAGUGUGGAUGUGGGUAUGUGUAUAUUCAAUCCAGCUAAGCACUUCUAUAGCAUACUUUUGUUAAUGAUUUAUAAUAUUGUAAGAACUAUUCCACAGAUGAGUAUAAAUUUAUACCUUAAAUAAUUUUAAUUUUAGUUGUGUCAACAUUAGUAAAAUUUAUGAUUUUUAAAUUUGUUUAUUUAAUUGAAUGUUAUAUACCAGCAAUUAUACAUGUUGCCAGUUUACACACAAAGUGAUAUUAUGCAUUGUUUGUUUCUUGUUUUUAUUAAUUAAGUCUUUUUGAUUUAAUUAAAUGUUGCAAAAUUACAUUUUGAAAUUGCUCACUUAAUGUCUUCCAAGAAUUAAUAUUAUUAAUUGCAUUGUUAAUAUAUUUGUAAAGGGACCAUUUUUGUAUUGUUAAGCAUGAUUUUUUUUUUCUGAAUCAAAAAUUUAUCACAUUUUAAACUUGCUAUUUAGUGGAUAUUUCAAAAUAAAAAUUAUUAGAUGCUAGUACAUAGCAGCAGUGUUCUGUUUACACAUAAGCCUAUUGUUUAGGAACAGUUGAAAUUAUUAGUGUUUAUCAGAAGAGCUGAUUUAUUUGUUAUUUGCACAAGAAAUUUUAAAAAUUUGUGAAAUUACUUAAUGUUAUUUUACUUUAAUUUGUCACCAAAAAAUGUUUUUUACUGCCUUAAGGAGUUUUCAUCAUUGUUAGUGUAUUUAUAAUUCUUAGGAACUAUAAUUUGUUUUUUAAACUAAUUAUAGUUUUAGCGAUACCUUCAAAACUAAAUAAACAGAACAGAUGUCACACUAAUUAAAAUUUCAUGAAGUUUUUGGGUUAUUGAGGGAUUCUUAAAAAUAUGUAUUUGGUUUAAUAGCCAUUCACAUUGUAAACAUCACAACAACAAAAAGCUUUAAUGUUGUAGGUUUUUUUUCCAUAAUUAUUUUAUAUACAAUAACCUGAUACUUCGUAAAGAAUUAUUAAUGGUUUUCCUAUUUGUUUCAAAACAUGUAGAAUACUUUGUUAUAAGAAGUAUAGUAAUUGCUCAUUUGAUGAAAACUCCUUGCAGAAAUGUUCAUAGUUAACAUUAUGCAGCUUUCAAGAUUUGUGCUCAGAGUUUAUCAGUGAACUAGUACACAUUUCAAGAAGAAAAUUAAUUUGAAUUAUUCAUGUGUAAUCUGGUUCAAAACCUGUGUAAGUAGCAGUGAAGCAAUUUUGAAAUCAAAUGGAGUAUGUUAAUAUAUAUUAAGAAACAAUGUUAAUCAAUAUAAACCUUACAUAAAGUAAAAAGUGAUCAACCAACGUGACACUGAUGCGUUAAGGUGUUUGUAUAUAUCAUGGUGAUUUUGCCACUGGGGUGAUUAAUAAAAAAUUUAUUUAUUUUUCUAGUCA